CACUGCCGUAAUGAAUGCAAGAGAGGAGGGAAGCUGCGUGAAGUCCACUUUCCAGUUCUGAGUGGCCUACUGGACCCAUCGCCACCAUGGGGAGAAAGAUCAAGACUGUUUACCUCCUUCCUCUCCUCCUUUUUACUGUGUCUGGUUUGAAGAUACGAAACAAGCUGCUGGGAACAUGCUUGCAGGUGCAAGAUGGAAGCCCAGGGGGGAGAGUGUCCCUUGGAGAAUGCGACCCGCAUUCGGCCUUACAAGAAUGGCUGUGGCUGCCUGGCGGCCAGGCUCUUAGCAACCGUUUCAGCGGGGAGUGUCUGACUGCACCGGAGGAGCAGUUUGAGGGCGUGCGCAUGCAGCCCUGCGACGCCCAAAUCCAAAGUGAAGAAGCUGAUGCAGAGUUGGGCGGGGACGCAGCCAGUCAGAAAUGGUCUUGUUCCAAGAAAGGCCACCUGACUUCGCUGGGGAAGGGUCUGCACUUGAGUGCCGCACAAGAAUCUACUUUACUAUUCUUAUCGAGGGAACAUAAACAGCAGGGAAGCCGUUGGAGGACAUUGGACAACCAAACGCUGUGUGAUGGCAGAGACAGCAAACAUCACCAUCACCACCACCACCAACAUCAACACUUUCUGGAAAGGUCAAUGGAACAUGUUCUCUUACCAAUCACUGAAAUGGAUGGACAAGCAGCUGCUGCUGCUACAUUUAGUGAUGGCGUCACAGAAGGACUUCCAGUAAGAGACGUGUCCGAUGUUUUAUCCCUGAGCACCAAAUCCCCUGCAGACCCCACCAUGAUCUUCUUCAGCAUGGACUAUGGCAUGGGCUGGAAAAUAACCAUGUUGGUUUUAAGUUCUUUGGCUCUCGUCCUGGGAACGGUGAUCCUUAUUCUCAAUGUUUAUUCCAAUAGACGGAAAAAGGUGGUGUGCGUUCUGAAGUCGUACACUCCGAGGCCAGAGGCCGGUGUUCCGGGGUCCCCGGUGCCCAGUGAGAGGGCCCCGCUGACCGAGCACGCCAUGCGCCUCCCGCUCUCCUCCCCUACUCUGCAGCGAGGAGAGAUCCUGAUUGAGUGGAAGGAUGGCAGCGUGACGCCACUCUAUGAAGCCUGAAGGUUGUGCGGUCAACGUGAUGAUACGCAACUCAACGCAAAAUUGACAUUUUAACGACGUAACAAUAAUGGAGGAUGUUUAUGUGCACUGAACGUGACAAAAAUCAAUUACCGUAUUUUCCGCACUAUAAGGCGCACCGGAUUAUUAGCCGCACCUUCAAUGAAUGGCAUAUUUCAUAACUUUGUCCACCAAUAAGCCGCCCCGGACUAUAAGCCGCGCCUACGCUGCGCUAAAGGGAAUGUCAAAAAAACAGUCAGAUAGGUCAGUCAAACUUUAAUAAUAUAUUAAAAACCAGCGUUCUAACAACUUUGUUCACUCCCAAAAUGUACGCAAAUGUGCAAUCACAAACAUAGUAAAAUUCAAAAUAGUGCAGAGCAAUAGCAACAUAAUGUUGCUCGAACGUUAAUGUCACAACACACAAAAUAAACAUAGCGCUCACUUUCUGAAGUUAUUCUUCAUUCGUAAAUCCUUCGUCUUCGGUGUCCGAAGUGAAAAGUUGGGCAAAUUUACGAUCCACUGGCAAAUGUUGGCGUCGUCUGGCGCUGCCUCCUCGUCUUAGUGAAGGUGUGUUCGCCUUCUGUCAUCCACUGUUCCCACGCAGUUAGCAGUCUAGCUUCGAAUGCCCUGUUGACACCAAUAUCUAGCGGCUGGAGGUCUUUUGUCAAUCCACCCGGAAUGACGGCGAGUAUUGAAUUAAGCGCGUAAGCGUGUCUCUUAAUGUGCUGUUAUGAGCUAGCAAAUAUAACAACUACACUACCCAGCAUGCAACGAUAGUUACGAGCAUGCGCGGUAGCCCUGAGAAGCGUUGUUGUAUGCUGGGAGUUAGAAUGUGGUUAUGAGCACGCUGUGAGUAAACGUUGAGAACUCAGUUAACACGCCUCGUCUGCAUUAUUUAUAAUUAGACAGACAACACACUUAAUAGGAGCCAUUUUGGGGUCUUUACAUAAACACACAAAUGGAAAUGAAACGUCACAUAUCCCAGCAUGCACCGCGCGCUUCUUCGUCAUCCACUGUUCCCACGCAGUUAGCAGUCUAGCUUCGAAUGCCCUGUUGACACCAAUAUCUAGCGGCUGGAGGUCUUUUGUCAAUCCACCCGGAAUGACGGCGAGUAUUGAAUUAAGCGCGUAAGCGUGUCUCUCAAUGUGCUGUUAUGAGCUAGCAAAUAUAACAACUACACUACCCAGCAUGCAACGAUAGUUACGAGCAUGCGCGGUAGCCCUGAGAAGCGUUGUUGUAUGCUGGCAGUUAGAAUGUGGUUAUGAGCACGCUGUGAGUAAACGUUGAGAACUCAGUUAACACGCCUCGUCUGCAUUAUUUAUAAUUAGACAGACAACACACUUAAUAGGAGCCAUUUUGGGGUCUUUACAUAAACACACAAAUGGAAAUGAAACGUCACAUAUCCCAGCAUGCACCGCGCGCUUCUUCUACGGGGAAAAAAGAUGGCGGCUGUUUACCGUAGUUGCGAGACCUAAACUUUAUGAAAAUGAAUCUUAAUAUUUAUCCAUAUAUAAAGCGCACCGGGUUAUAAAGCGCACUGUCAGCUUUUGAGAAAAUUUGUGGUUUUUAGGUGCGCCUUAUAGUGCGGAAAAUACGGUAUGCUCUUCAUUUUGUUUGCUCCAUUUUGAGAGAGGAGACACUCAAACAGUCAAGUCUUUGAGUAGCACGUUAUUAUGACGACAUUGACACAUGACUAAUGCUUUGUGUGGGAAAAAAACAGGCUUCCCUACACAUCUUAAAAUAUAGCCAACUACAGUAGAACCACGAUUCACAAACCCAGUUGGUUCUUAAACAGAGUUUGUUUAUCAAAAAGUGUGUAUAGCCUCUGAAAGCCUCAGUGGCCACAUGUGUGGACAGCACCUUUUAGCUCUUAUUUCCAAAAUUGUGUACACUACUGAAUUGGGGUCUUAUGCCGCUUAUGUGGACACUUAUACUGCCAUUUGGUGGUGUCAGAAGAGUAUAACAUACAAUGGAAUUUGGAAAAAAAAAAAAGUGUAAAAAUUUAAAUUAGCAUGUCACUACACAUGAAGUACACGUUUGUGUACCGGUACUUAUGGACUAAGUACAUCAUAUCAAAAGAUGACUUUUAGUUUUUAUUCUAAUUAGGGUCCAAUAAGCCCAAAUAGCAAAGAGAAAUAAAAAAGCAUGUAAACAAACAGUUUGGGCCUUAAGAGGUUAAUGAAGCAAAUAUCUCCUUAAAAAAACUUUGUAAAUAUGAAUAGUUGAUUCCAGCUUUGACAAAAGUCCAUAUUUUAGUAAAAGUUUGUAGAUUAAACACAUUAAAAAGUGCUAUACAGUACUGUAUACCAAACAAACAUAAAAAAAGGGGUGAUGGAUCAACCUUCUAUUUAAUACAAAGCCAAAACAAAAACAACAAGCUUAUCUGUUGACACGCACACACUUUGUGUGACUAGUCGUGUGGCGCGCUCACAGUUUGAAAUCACAAAACUCCUUAACUUUACCAGCCAGGUCGCUACAAUGAUUAGGAAUUUUUUUUAAAUACAAAUAAAAAAAUGUGUCACUUAAAUUUGUUGGUAGAGGAAGGAGGGGGUUAGGGUGAGUGGGCAGUGUCGACAACGCUGUGGAUUUCCCCCCAAUGACUAGGAAUAAAAAAAAAAUACAAAUAAAAAACGUGUCACUUAAAUUUGUUGGUAGAGGAAGGAGGGGGUUAGGGUGAGUGGGCAGUGCCGACAACACUGUGGAUUUCCCCCAAAGGUUUCAAACCACACAUUGAUUGUCAAUUGGUUUUUUGGACUCAUUUUGAUUUGGCAAAAUUCGGAAAAUGCUAAAAAAAAAAACCAAAAAAACCACUUAAAAAUUAGAUAAAGUAGCACUGAGAACUGUAAUUGACUGAAUUAGCGCAGAAAAUUGAUCAGCCCACCCACAAUGGAUGUGCUGCCGGCCACAAAAUGGGCGACUGAGAUAACCGCACACUGAUGGAAAGUUCGCACAACAAAGUAUAUUUUUACUCGGUCUGCGGUCCGUUUGUCGAAGAGUCCAUACAACGAGGGGUUCGUAAACCGAGGUUCCACUUUUCUCCGUCAGGCAGCUGCAGAUGCUAACGUUGCUAACGCGUGUGCCCUCCCUCACCGCUUCAUGUCACGUUGUGUGUGAUGGACGACUUCUGCUACGUUGCAAAAGAGCAGAGUCGUGGUGUUUAUGUAAAAAGUAAAGAUGCACUUCUUGGAACCACACGCUGUCGGAGAAACAGCUCAUUAGCAUUAAAGCUACAGACACACUAAUUGUCCCCAGUUGGUCUGACCAAAAAGGUGUAGAUUCCAACACAUUUCCAAUGCUGGGACCUGUGAGACUUUUAACUGGGGAAAAAUAGUAUAAUAUGGGGUCUUUACAAAAUAAAUGUCAUUUGGUGAAAUGGAAAGGAUAAUAAGUCACAUUAAAGUCAUUUUUUGUAUUAAACCUAACCUAUUAAUGGUUUGUUUACUGGCGCCUUAUUAAAGUUUUGUUUUUGUUUUACUUGGAGGAAUGUUGUUUUGUAGUCUUUCUUACCAUAAUUGCCAGUUGCCUUUAAGGCUGGAAAUAUCUGAUGUAUUUACCUUAAUGACAACCAUGUAAUAAAGGAAUAAUGGUUUAGCUUUUCACUUUUAACCAUUAGUUUGGAUAAGUUAGAACUCAGUGUUGUUCUCCAUGUAGUGCAUUUUCUUGCAUUCAACAGCAUGUACAGUUUAUGUGUUUCCUCUGAAUGUAGGUUUAUAUUGACCAUGACUUCCAAGGUAUGUUAAAGAUAGGUAGGUUGUAAGUUUAACUCUAACUAACUUGUGUCAUGUCUGUGUGAUCAUGUUUUGUUUUAGUAAUGUUCGGUUUAAAUUUUGGACUUUUUGUGCACUUUUGUUUUGUUUUGUCACCAUAGCAACCAUUAGUUUCACCUGUCACGUCACGCACCUGUUCCACGUUUGGACUCAUUGUGCACUCUUGUCACCAUAGCAACCAUUAGUUUUCACCUGUCACGUCACGCACCUGUUUCACGUUUUGAGUCACGCACCUGCUUUCACUAAUCAUGUCCAUAGUAUUUAAGUUCAUUCAUUUUCUGUUGUUCGUCCUGACGACAUCCCCGCAUUCAUGCUCCUGCACUCUCUCCACACCCUGAUGACCCUUGCUACUCUUUUUUUCAUGCCGGUUCCAUGCCAAGUAAGUUUUUGUUUGUUAAGCCACAGUUAGUGUUUUGUUUAAUUGUUCAUAGUUUCUGCCAAUGUGCAAGUUUUGUGUUUAAAGUCUAGUUUUGUACCUCCGCCCCUGUGCGCGCUUUUCGUUUUUUUCCUUUUUUGAUAGUUUAAAUAAAUCAUGUACCCACCUUCAAGCCUUGACCAGUCCAGUUCAUUUGCACCGCGGGAGAACAAACCUAGCCAUAGUCCUAGUCAUGACAACUUGUUGAGUUAAUGCAUUUGUUUUCUUUCUUCUUUUUUUUUUUCAAAAUAAACAUGUUGCAAGUUUUAAAACUAUUAUUUCAUGUAAUAAAACUUGAUGUUUA